AUGAACGUAACUGAUAGAAGACGGUUGUUGGGACCUUCGAAUGCUAAAUCGGCAAACAUUCCAGAAACAAGAACUUCUUCUCCCAGCAAAAGAUCGGAAGAUGAGAUUAGAAAAAUGUUUUUGAAGACUGGCUUGGUGGGAAAUGCAAAUGGUUCAGCAUACUUGGAAGUUGACGACACAAUAAUCGAGGUUUCAGUAUUUGGCCCUAGACCUAUUAAGGGUUCAUUCAUAGACAGAGCAUCUUUCUCUGUUGAAUGUAAGUUCUUACCUCAUAUCCCUCAACCCAAUGAAGAGACAUUCAAGAAUCAGUCUGGAUCUGCUUCUAACGUUCGUACUGGUUUAACUACUGUUGAACAAAAACUUUCAUCAUACAUAGAGACUGCAUUUUUGCACUCAAUUAUAUUGGAAAAAUACCCUAAAUCUACUAUUGACGUAUUUGUCACAAUAAUAUCGGCUGAUACUACCUCGAGUUCUAACAAAUCCCUACUCAAUUUGUGUAAUUGGGUUUCAAACUGUACCUCGUUGGCAUUGGUGGACUCUGGCAUAGAAGUAAAGGAUAUGGUUACGAGUGGGCAAGUAAGCUUGAACAAAUCCACGAACAAAAUUCUCAUGGAUCCAGAUUAUUCUAAUAACUAUUCUGAAGAUGAUAGUGUAGAUUGUGUCUGUAGCUAUAUGAAUAUGUUGAAUGAUGUGGUGGUUGGCUUUUGGAUCGAUGGAAACCAGGAUGAUCUCGACGAACAGACCAUGCAAAAGCUAUUUGAAAAUUGUAAUGGAAUGUCAAAGAAGAUAAGAAGUAAUUUUAAUUCUUACUUGAGAGGUACAAUAGAAUAA